AGUGGGAGGGGGUAGGCUUGUUUUGUAGACAUGGCUACACCAUAUGACUACAUUAUUUCUUUCUCUUUCUAGGAAUGAGACGGUUUUGCACCAGUUCUGCUGCCCCGUCGCGGACGCAGAGAAGCCAUCUCCACCCAGUGAUGACUCUGACAGUAAGAAGCUGCUCUGUACGGCCUGGGACGUCCGGGAAGGAGACGCCUCCAAACAGUCGGGAGAAGAGGAGUCGCUGACUAAGGCCGGUCUGCACCAUACAGGCUCCCCGGUGCGAGUGCAGCAAGGAAAGAGCGCCGCCACCUGUUCUCACGGCUCAAAGAGCUCCAAUUAUGAGCUGUCCCUGGACCUCAAGAAUAAACAGAUUGAGAUGCUGGAGCACAAGUAUGGGGGGCACUUAGUCUCCCGACGGGCGGCCUGCACCAUCCAGACAGCGUUCAGACAGUACCAGCUGAGCAAGAACUUCGAAAAGAUCCGAGACUCCCUGCUACAGAGUCGUCUCCCCCGGCGCAUUUCCCUGCAAAAGGUCCGAGUACAUAACCAGGACACCUUCCCUUCUGCCGAAAAGGCCCUACUGGAGAGCUACAACCUGAUGGGCAUCCCCCUGGUGAGGUCGCCCUCCCUCCCGGCCACCAUCAGCGGGGCCCUAACCGAGCUGGAGGACUCCUUCACCGAGCAGGUGCAAUCUCUGGCCAAAUCUAUCGAUGACGCCCUCAGCACGUGGAGUCUGAAGACCAUGUGUGCCUUCCCCGAGGCCGGCUCCUACCAGAUCCGCGAGGCCUUCAUGCAGCAGAACCCAGAACUGGAGCCACCGAAAUUAGAGGAAGGAGAAAGUGAGGACGGCCAGCUGGGCACUCUACCCAAGAGCAGCAGUACCCUGAUGAUGGCCUUCAGAGAUGUCACCGUCCAGAUAGACAAUAAUAACAUCUCCGUCUCCUCCUCCACCUCCCUCUCCAUGUCCAACUGCUUGGCCGGGGCCCAGAACCCUAAACCGGAGGAGGAGCGGGUCAGCGGAGAAGCCACUUCAGAGCCUCCGUCCCAGGAAACCUCCACGCAUGAGACUCACCUGGUACAGAACUCCUUCCUGGAGGUCAAUGGGGACGGGGUCGGGAAGGAGUUAGUUGGACCUGUUCAAACCGAAACCGAAACUACCGACCUCUCAGAACAGCUGAGCAGCAGCAGCACCUCCACCAAGUCUGUGUCCGAGGUGUCUUCUAAGGAGGCCUUACAGGCCAUGAUCCUCAGCCUUCCCCGCUACUACUGUGAGAACCCCGCCAGCUGCCGAUCCCCGACCCUCUCCACCGAUACCAUGAGGAAGAGACUGUACCGCAUCGGGCUCAACCUCUUCAAUAUAAAUCCGGAUAAAGGCAUCCAGUUCUUGAUCUCUCGAGGUUUCAUCCCGGAUACCCCCAUCGGGGUCGCGCAUUUCCUGCUCCAGAGGAAAGGCCUGAGCCGACAGAUGAUCGGAGAAUUCCUGGGGAACAGCAAGAAGCAAUUCAACCGCGACGUUCUCGACUGUGUGGUGGACGAGAUGGAUUUCUCCAACAUGGAGCUGGAUGAGGCGCUGCGCAAGUUCCAGGCGCACAUCCGUGUCCAGGGCGAGGCACAGAAGGUGGAGCGCCUGAUCGAGGCCUUCAGCCAGCGGUAUUGUAUGUGUAACCCCGAGAUCGUCCAACAGUUCCACAACCCGGACACCAUCUUCAUCCUGGCGUUUGCCGUCAUCCUGCUCAACACGGACAUGUACAGCCCCAGCAUCAAACCCGACCGCAAGAUGAUGCUAGAAGACUUCAUCCGCAACCUCCGAGGGGUGGAUGACGGAGCGGAUAUUCCCCGGGACAUGGUGGUCGGCAUCUAUGAACGGAUCCAACAGAAGGAACUAAAAUCCAACGAGGAUCAUGUCACCUAUGUAACCAAGGUGGAAAAGUCCAUUGUGGGAAUGAAGAGUGUGCUGUCGGUUCCGCACAGGCGUCUGGUUUGCUGCAGCCGCCUCUUUGAAGUGACCGAUGUAAAUAAAGUGCAAAAACAAGCGGCACAUCAGCGAGAGGUCUUCCUGUUCAAUGACCUUCUGCUGAUCUUAAAGCUUUGUCCAAAAAAGAAGACCUCCUCGACCUACACCUUCUGCCGGGCGGUGCCGCUCUUGGGGAUGCAGUUUCAUCUUUUUGAGAAUGAGUAUUACCCGCAUGGGAUCACACUGGUCAGCCCGCUCACCGUCUCGGAGAAGAGACUAGUUUUGCACUUCUGUGCCCUUGGUGCUGAGGAGCUGCAGAAAUUCCUGGAGGAUCUGAAGGAAUCCAUUUGUGAAGUGACGGAGAUGGAACAGAUCCGUAUUGAAUGGGAACUGGAGAAGCAGCACGGGGUGAGGACGGCCCAAAGUAAGACAAACGGGUCUCAGCUGGACAUUCAGUCCACGCAGGAGUCCCCCAUUGGUAAGCGCGAGUCACCUGAGAAGGACAUCGACAGCGUGGUGGAGGUGUCAAUUCACAACAGGCUUCAGACGUCCCAGCACAGCGCCCCCCAGGGGCCAGAGAAUGGAGCUCCGGGCAGCACGGCUCCUAAUGGGCAGCGGGAGGCUCCUCUGCAGGCCGCCCCCUGCGACCGGCUCCUGCAGUGCCAGCAGAUUGUCAAGGUGAUUGUGCUGGACACUCCCGGUCGGGCAUUGCCUGCCAUCGACCAGACUGUCACCCGCUACCUGUCUGGGUCCUGCUCAUCUACUCCCUUACGCAGUGUGGGAGGAGCCGUCCAUCAACCCCCUCUACCCCCGCCUCCUCCACCUUAUAACCACCCUCACCAAUACUGCCCCCCGGGGGUCCUACUUAGAGAACGCAGGUAUUCCAGUGGUUCCCGUAGUCUCGUGUAGCCAAACGGGAGAUGCUUGACCUGCCUUCCGGGACUUGAUCUUGCCUGCACACUUACCAAGUCUUGCACAUGUACCGGUUCCUACCUGCCCCUUGCACACUCACCGCCCCCUCUUUGCACUUACAGGCUGUUCUCGCACACUCACUCAUAUUUAUCCCAUAUAUUCUUCCACUUGCCCCUUUGCACAAUGAUCUGGCCCAUCUCCUCCCCGCUUCCAAAAAUGUUGAGGUUGUGAAUUUUUAGUAGUCGCCAAUAUUUUUACCUUUGUAAUGAUCAGCACGCCCAAGACAAUCCCUCCCCCUCAACAAUCAGCCCCGACUACCCCCUUAUCCCCCACCUACCUCACUGGGGGAUUCUACAAUCCAUUGCACGCCUGGAUUCUUCCUCAUUGCCCUCUCCGUUGGCCAUAAACGAUGAGGACUUUCCAAGAAAUUUUUUGGGGAAAAUAUCUUCACUUGACUGGACUGGGAGAAAAUUUUGGGACCACCUCCUAUGUGUCCUUCUGAUCAUCACUGGAGCUGCGUACCUCAAACCAAAAGGAGAACCCAAAGCCCUUGAGAAGAUGUUUCUAGCUCCCAUGUUGGUGGUGGAGUCAUCUCCUCAGGAUGGUGACUGGUGAUGUUCUGCGUUCAACCCAAUGUUCUUCUGGUUAUGGCCACUUGUGGAGUCACCCAUGGUCCUGAAUGGCGGUAUAAGAAUUAAUCAUAGGAUUUUCCAUUCAUAAGUCUGGGAAAGCUGGGUAAUGGGAUGUUCACUGCAUCUAGCUUGGCCGCCAUAUUGGUUUUCACCCAGCGUUUUUAGGCACCUUCACAUGAAGGAAGAUACUCUUCUGGAUCUGUAUCCCUAUUUCUCAGCCAGGGUGCCUCCAGCUGUUGCAAAACUACCCAGCAUGCCCAGACAGCCUCCAGCAGUUAGAAGAGGAGAAAAACCCUGAGUGGUGGAAACCUCUAGGGAAACCAUGGCUGAAGGAUUUUAUUACUACUUUUGGGCUUAGAGAAAGGUUUCCCAACCAAGGUGCCUUCGGCUGUUGCAAAACUACAACUCCCAGCAUGCUCGGACAGCCGUUGGCUGUCCGGGCAUGCUGGGAGUUGUAGUUUUGCAACAGCUGGAGGCACCCUGGUUGGACAUUGCAUGUCAGUUCUUUAAAAUCCCUGUUUGUUGUCAGAGAAUGGAAUCCUUUUUUUGCAUCCCAAUCUUGUUUGUUCUUCUGCUCAUUUGCAUACCAUUUUCCCAGCAAACAUUGCCUGAUCUGUAGGACUCUCUACGCCAGCUGGCGAUCUGCAUUUCGAGAAAUAUCACCCCUCUCAACAACUUUGGCAGGUGCAUGGCUUCUAUUCACUGACAGCAAGCAGAGAUGUUGAAAUUGGCAAAGGAAAGAAAAAAAGGUUUGGAACGCAAAGGGGGGCAUUUAGCAUUUAUUAUUGUUUUUGCACAAUUUUUGGGGCCUGUUUUGAGUGGUCUUCCAGCAUGGAAGGCCACAUCUUUUUUGUUCUAUCUUGUUCUUGCGCAUUUUUUAUUUAUUUAUUUUUUUGCAGUUUUGCACUUUUGUCUUCUUUUUUGCUUAGUAUGUGCAGACAGAUUUGUUGCAUUUAUCUUCUUUGUAAAAAUACUUUUUGAGCAAAGAACUGCACAAAUAUACUCCUGGGGGGGAUUUGUGAUUUGCGGCAAAAAAAAUUGCGCAAUAAUUAUAUAUUUUUUUUUACUUAUUUAAGAAAUUGUGACUUUUUUAACAGGAAAAAAAAGUAAGUAAAAGAAUCAGUACAGUUCCCACAUUCUACGCCGCCAUUAUUUUGCACAAAAAAAGACUCCUUCCAGGAAGCAAAAAUAGAAAAUCGAAGAAUUGCCCAAAAACAAUCUUAAAUAAGGGGCACAACUUUCCUAGCUGGAGAGCCACUCAAAACACACCGGAAAAAAAAAUUGCGCACAUUUUUUUUUUUUGCAAAAUUGUGCUGCUUUUUUUUUUAUCUUGUGCAAAAAAAAAAAAAGUGCGCAAUUUCGACAUUCAGCAGUGGUGUGCUGGGAGGUAUAUUAAAACUUGCUUAAAUGGGUUAUCCAGAGAUAAUCCUUUCAAAAACAGCACCACCCCUUGUCCUUCAGGUUGUAUGUGGUAUUACAACUUGGCUACAUUAAAAGGGUACUCCACCACUAGACAUCUUAUACCCUAUCCUUCGGAUGACUGGCGUGGCGGAGGCUCGUGACGUCACGGCCAUGCCCCCCUCAAUGCAAGUCUAUAGACUUGUAUUGAGGGGGCGUGGCCGCGUCAUCACGAGUGGGGCGUGACGUCGCGCACCUCUGGCGCUGCACCCGACGCUUUAAACGAACGCAGGGUGCAGCAGCGGGACCCCCACGAUCACACAUCUCAUCCCCUAUCCUUUGGAUAAGAUGUCUAGGGGAGGAGUACCCCUUUAACGUCAGUGGAACCGAGCUGCAAUACCGCACACAACCUGAGGACAGGGGUGGAGGUUUCCUGUGGUCACUGAUGAUGCACAAUAUGACACCUAGUGACCGGAUGGCGCAUAAAAUCUCACAGAUGAGCUCCUAUAUGUAGUACAUUGACUUUUUAUACUUUCACUGAUGUUUCGCAAUAUGGCUGCCCUACUGUUACAAUAUUAAGCACACGGAGUGUCACAUGACUCUAAGACUUUUUCUGAUUUACUAUUACAUGAAGACUUGAAACUUCCUAAUGGGUUCCAGUGAGGGACAAUCCCUGUUUUACCUCAUAAAACCUGGAGGUAUAAAAUUUUGGCCACAGAUAUUUUAUUAACUGUUUAAUUAAAAACCAGCCAAUUAAUUUAAAGGCUAUAAAUAUAUAUAUA